AUGCUCAAGUCGGUACCCACCAUUGGAGAAAGCAAGGUGAUGGUAAAUGCACUCGUAGAUGCCUGCAGGCAAAAUGGUUUCAGACUCACAAAGUGGAUUUCCAAUAGGCGAGAAGUCAUAGAGAGUGUUCCUGAAGAGGACAGAGCAGGUGGAAUCAAGAAUUUAGACUUGGACCAUGAUAGGCUCCCUACAGAUCAUGCUCUGGGCCUGCAAUGGAAUGUAGAGGAAGACACUCUUGGGUUCAGAGGGGAAACUAAAGAGAAACCAUUAACCAGGAGAGGUAUAUUGGGCACGGUGAGUUCUGUAUACAACCCCUUGGGCCUGGCUGCACCAGCGAUUCUUCCAGCUAAGAUUAUCUUACAGUCCUUAUGCAAGGAUAGACUAGGAUGGGACGACGAAAUUCCUGCUGCACAAGUUGAGCAUUGGAACAAAUGGGUUUCUAGUCUGCCUGAACUAGAAAAGAACUUUAGCGUACCAAGAUGCUUGAAGCCUACAGGUUUUCGUGUGCCUAUGUCUUCUGAAUUGCACCACUUUUCAGAUGCGAGUGAUGUCGGUUAUGGUGUGGUUUCGUACAUCAGAAUGGUGAACCUGAAUGCUGAUAUUCAUUGUGCGCUGUUGUCAGCAAAAGCUAGAGUGAACCCACUAAAGCGGGUGACUAUUCCACGUUUGGAAUUGGCUGCCAGUACUGUCGCUGUUCGAACAGAUAAGAUGUUGAAAAGGAAAUUAGACAUCCCAAUUGCAGAGAGCUACUUUUGGACAGAUAGUCAAUCUGUUCUGCGUUAUGUUAGUAACAAGUCAGAAAGAUUUCAUACUUUCAUCGCAAAUAGAUUGGCAGUAAUACACGAAGGGUCCAAACCUAAUCAUUGGGCCUAUGUUAAAAGCAGUCUCAACCCUGCAGAUGAAUGCUCCAGAGGUCAAACUGUACAUAAGUUUUUGAAGAAUGCUAGAUGGAUCAGAGGACCUGAUUUCUUGUGGGACGUUCCUGAUGUAUGGCCAAGGCAUCCCUAUGAUAUUCAGCUGCAACCUGAAGAUCCAGAAGUAAAAAAGGUUGCUACUGUUCGUGCAACAUUUGCCCGUGACCCAGAGAAUCCUGUACGCAGACUUAUUCAACAUUAUUCCAGUUGGUACCAUCUAAAGAGGGCUGUGGCCUGGAUUCUGAAAGUUAGGCAAAUUCUAAAGAAAAGGAUAAAUGGUGUGAAAUCAUGUAUGUUGCAUGCACAAGAAAUUAACAAUGAAGACUUGGAGGAAGCAGAAACAGCUAUAAUCAAAAUUGUUCAAAAGGAUUCCUUUUCGGAUGAGAUCAACACUCUUGAAGGCAAGCUAAAUCAAACAAAAGUGAGCUGUAUACGCAAAUUAGACCCAGUUCUAGAUAAAAGUGGAAUCAUGCGAGUGGGAGGACGUCUCAACAUAGACAUGAUCCCAGAAGAUGCUAGACAUCAAGUGAUCUUGCCGAAGAACUCUCACGUGUCAGAGCUUAUACUAUGUGAUAUACACGAUAGGAGUCACAUGGGCAGGAUGUACAUGAUUUCAAAACUAAGGGAAAAGUACUGGAUUGUUAAUGCUAAUGCAGCAGCAAGGAAGUUGAUCAGCAAAUGCGUCGUGUGUCGACGUCUGAAAGCAAACCCAGCCAUAAGGGCCGUACACAUUGAGAAGGCUGAUUCGCUGGACACUGCAUCAUACAUUAAUGCAUUGAGAAGAUUUGUAUCAUGCAGAGGCAACGUUACAGAUAUAAGAUCAGACAAUGGUACAAACAUCGUGGGGGCGGAACGUGUUUUAAGAGAAGAGUUGGGAAAAUGGAACACUACUCAGAUAAAGGACAACCUGAUGAAGGAUGGCGUCACUUGGAAAUUCAACCCUCCUUACGGUUCAUAUUUCAGAGGAGUCUGGGAACGCCAGAUCAGAAAUAUAAUGCGUUUGUUACAAGCUACAGCUAACAAACAGACACUUACAGAUGAAAGCCUUGCAACCCUCUACUGUGAGGUAGAGGCCAUAAUCAAUAGUCGGCCCAUAACACAACCAUCAGGUGAAGCACAUGACGUUGAAACACUUACCCCUAAUAUGCUGCUUACUAUGAAAUCCACAUCUCUCCCACCUUGUUUGGUAACUAAAAGCGACUCAUAUGCUGUAUCCAGAUGGAAGAAAGUGCAAUAUCUUACUGAAAUCUUCUGGAAAAGGUGGAAGAAGGAGUACCUACCCCAGCUUCAAGUGCGCCAGAAAUGGUUGAAGCAGAGACCUAACCUUAAACUAGGAGACAUAGUUUUAGUUAUAGACCAAAACACUCCAAGAGGCGUGUGGCCCUUGGGUAGGGGAGUACAGACGAUGCCCGACAAAAAAGGUCUAGUGAGGCGGGUAUUGGUGAAGACCAGAAACACAGUAAUAGAAAGACCAAUUGAUAAACUGUGUACUCUAUUGGAGGCAGAUGGUUAG